UCUGCCCAGGAGGAGCCCGCGCCCCGCUCAGCCUUGCAGCCCCGCGCCCUGAGCAUCUCCCGGGAGGAACAGAGACAAAGGAGGAUUCAUGUCCAAAGGGCUCCCGGAGGCCAGGACGGACGCAGCCAUGUCAGAGCUGGUGCCUGAGCCCAGGCCUAAGCCGGCAGUGCCCAUGAAACCCGUCAGCAUCAACUCAAACCUGCUGGGCUACAUUGGCAUCGACACCAUCAUCGAGCAGAUGCGCAAGAAGACCAUGAAGACUGGUUUCGACUUCAACAUCAUGGUGGUCGGUCAGAGUGGACUGGGCAAGUCAACGCUGGUCAACACGCUCUUCAAAUCCCAGGUGAGCCGCAAGGCCUCCAGCUGGAACCGGGAGGAGAAGAUCCCCAAGACUGUGGAGAUCAAAGCUAUUGGGCACGUGAUAGAGGAAGGCGGGGUCAAAAUGAAGCUGACGGUCAUCGAUACCCCGGGCUUCGGAGACCAGAUCAACAAUGAAAACUGCUGGGAGCCCAUCGAGAAGUACAUCAAUGAACAGUAUGAGAAGUUCCUGAAGGAGGAGGUCAACAUUGCCAGGAAGAAACGCAUCCCUGACACUCGUGUCCACUGCUGCCUCUACUUUAUCUCCCCCACGGGACACUCCUUACGACCUCUCGAUCUGGAGUUCAUGAAACACCUCAGCAAAGUUGUGAACAUCAUCCCUGUCAUUGCUAAGGCUGACACCAUGACCCUGGAGGAGAAGUCUGAAUUCAAGCAAAGGGUUCGAAAGGAGCUUGAAGUAAAUGGCAUCGAGUUCUACCCACAGAAGGAAUUUGAUGAGGAUUUGGAGGACAAGACGGAGAAUGACAAAAUCCGGCAGGAGAGCAUGCCUUUCGCUGUGGUGGGCAGCGACAAGGAGUACCAAGUGAAUGGCAAGCGGGUCCUCGGCAGAAAAACUCCCUGGGGGAUCAUCGAAGUGGAAAACCUCAACCACUGUGAGUUUGCCCUGCUUCGAGACUUUGUCAUCAGGACCCACCUCCAGGACCUCAAGGAAGUGACACACAACAUCCACUAUGAGACCUACAGGGCCAAGCGGCUUAAUGACAAUGGAGGCCUCCCUCCGUGGAACGGAGCUCUCGCCAGCACUGCCCUCCUCCAUCGUCCGUGUCAGCCGGUCCCAGCCCAUCCGUAGGGUGAAAGAACUCAUCAGGAGCUCCUUCUGCCCUUGCAAACCCAUACCAGCUACUUGUAACCAUCUCCAAGAGAAAUGGCAUUGCUCCCCGCCCGUUCAUCUGCAUGAGCUCCUCUUGGCUUCCUUCAAGGGUCAAGAAAGCAACUUUUCUGCUUGUCAGGUUUGUUGAUGUCAGCUGUGUGAGCCCCAGUGUGGGACAAGGGUGUCUCCUUCAUUGCCUAAAGCUUAUUUAUAAUGAUGGGUCACUACAGAUGUGGGGGGAGCAAGGGCUAGGGUCACUUAAAAAAAAAUCACCAUUUGUGGCUGGCCCAGGAUGCAGUCUCACA